GGCGAGGUCCGAAAGUCGUUGGAGCAGCUACAGCCACCAUGGGGCCCUGGGAAGAGCCAGAGCUCCUGGUGUGGCGCCCGGAGGCGGUGGCCUCGGAGCCCCCGGGGCCCGUGGGUCUGGAGGUGAAAAUGGGCGCCCUGGUGCUGCUGCUCUUGCUCACUCUUCUCUGCAGUCUGGUGCCCAUCUGCGUACUGCGCCGGCCUAGGGCCGGCCCCGAAGCCUCAGCCUCCCGCCAAAAAGCCUUGAGCCUAGUAAGCUGCUUCGCAGGGGGUGUCUUUCUGGCCACAUGUCUCCUGGACCUACUGCCUGACUACCUGGCUGCCAUAGAUGAGGCCCUAGCAGCUCUGCACGUGACGCUCCAGUUCCCCCUACAAGAGUUCAUCUUGGCAAUGGGCUUCUUCCUGGUCCUGGUGAUGGAACAGAUCACACUAGCUUACAAGGAGCAGUCAGGGCCACCACCUCGAGAGGAGACGAGAGCUCUGCUGGGAACAGCAAACGGUGGGCCACAGCACUGGCCUGAUGGGCCGGGGAUCCCGCAGGCAGGUGGAGCCCCUGCAGCCCCCUCAGCGCUGCGCGCCUGCGUACUGGUCUUCUCCCUGGCCCUGCACUCGGUGUUUGAGGGACUGGCGGUGGGGCUGCAGCGAGACCGGGCUCGGGCCCUGGAGCUCUGCCUGGCUUUGCUGCUCCACAAGGGUAUUCUGGCAGUCAGCUUGUCCCUGCGGCUGCUGCAGAGCCAUCUGCGAGCGCAGGUGGUAGCUGGCUGUGGGAUCCUCUUCUCAUGCAUGACCCCUCUGGGCAUUGGGCUGGGUGCAGCUCUGGCAGAGUCGGCUGGGCCACUGCACCAGCUGGCCCAGUCUGUGCUGGAGGGCAUGGCAGCUGGCACCUUUCUCUAUAUUACCUUCCUGGAAAUCUUGCCCCAGGAGCUGGCCACUUCUGAGCAGAGGAUCCUCAAGGUCAUCCUGCUCCUUGCAGGCUUUGCCCUGCUCACUGGCCUGCUCUUCAUCCAAGUCUAGGGAGCUCCAGGUGCCCUUGACCUUCCUUUUGAACCCCAGCUAUGAAAAUAAGGAGUGGAGAAGGGAGGAUUAAGGAUCAAAAGGUUCUCUGGGAGAUAGGGA